UCCUCUUCUCGAGUUCUAUCUUGUUACUGAGCCAAGGUCUGCGAGAUUGCGACCCGUUUCGCCGUUCGACGGCCCAAGGGUUACAUUCUUUGUCUGAACUCCAUCCGAAAGCGGCCGCCUUUUCUGCUAUUGCUCAUUUUGUCAGAGAAAGCUAGGGUUUUUUCACUUUUAUGUGAAGCCAACAUAGUCGACUCGAGGCCUAAACCAUGACACGCUUGAGCGUGGAACAGCUCUUGAAGGAGAAACAGACCCGUGACCCUAACUCCGUCACUACUCUCUCGCUCAACCACAAAGCUCUUUCCGAUGUUUCUUGCUUGGCCGAAUUCAAGACCCUGGAAAGACUUGACCUUGCUUUCAACACUCUCACUUCACUUGAGGGGCUGAAAGCAUGCAUUAAUUUGAAGUGGCUAUCAGUUAGGCAAAACAAAUUGCAAAGCUUGAAAGGAAUUGAAGGGAUUACAAAGCUCGCUGUAUUGAAUGCAGGAAAAAAUAAGCUAACAUCUAUGGAUGAGGUCAGGCCUCUUGCAUGUUUACGAGCUUUAAUUUUGAAUGAUAAUCAGAUUGUUUCCAUUUGCAAGCUUGAUCAAGUGAAAGACUUGGAUACGCUAGUUCUUUCUAGAAAUCCCAUCUCUGAAAUUGGUGAUUCUCUUGUCAAAGUGAAAUCUAUCACAAAGCUUUCUCUCUCCAAUUGCCAGAUUCAGAACAUUGGUUCUUCACUCAAGUCAUGCAUUGAGUUGAAAGAGCUUCGACUUGCUCACAAUGAUAUCAAAAGUCUCCCAGCAGAGUUGGCUUAUAAUACUAAACUUCAAAAUUUGGAUUUGGGAAAUAACUUGAUCACAAGAAUGUCAGAGCUGAAGGUGCUGGAUUCGUUAGUCAAUCUGAGGAACCUAAAUUUAAAAGGAAACCCUAUUGCUGAAAAGGAUACAUUGGCAAAGAAGGUGAAAAGAUUGCUGCCAAACUUGCAUAUAUUUAAUGCUAGACCAAUAGAAAAAGGCAACAACAAUGAAGAGCGUGAAACUGUCAAUGUUUCUUCAAUUGAUGCAAUUGAUGAUAACACAGAAGCCCAAAUGGAGGGAAAAAGGGAUAAAAAACAAGAUUCACAUCCUGAUAAUGUUACUGAUCCUGUAAUGGAUAAUGAAUCAAAGAGGAAAAGGAGGAAAAGGAAUGAUGAGCCUUCAGCUGAAGAAGUUCUAGUCUGUGAAGGGGAGGAUACCGUGGUUGGAAAGAAACCCAAGGGAGAAAAAUUGGAAGUGGAACUCAAUAAACAGAAGCACCGUGGCAUAGAGAAUGAAUCGAAACAGAAGGGGAAAAGAACAAACAAUAAGCCCCUGAAAGAAGUUCCAAUCCACAGGGAUGAAGAUGGCAUGAUUGACAAGAAACGGAAGAAGUCAUCAAAGGAACGGGGUGAUGUUGAUGUUAUUGAUGAUAGAGAGACGUCUUUCACAGAGCUGUUCACUACUGACCUUGCUGAAGCACCCAAAAGUGACAGUGAAAAUAAUUUUCAAGGCAGAGCUGUUCAGGAUACACAAUCAAUGACAGGCUUAGUUACAUACCCCAUGAAAAAGAAGAAAAAUAAAAAACACAAUCAGCAUGCUGCACUCGAGUUGGUCCCAACAGCUGAGAUAGGUUUAGGAGGGCCAUCAGCCUGGGAUGAUGAGUAAAGGAGCUUUUCAAAUGUUUGAGGUUUGGGCAGAGCUAGUCUAUAACUCAAAUUUAACCAUGUCUGAACAUCUCCUAGUCCUAGCUAGUACCCUUUUGUAGUUCUUUGGCACUCUCUUUUGUAAUGCCUUACUACUCAAGUUUCUGCUUAUUGUUGUCAUGCAAUUUUGUACUGGGAAAACAAACAAAUUCUACCAACUUAC